GGAGAGUGGCAGUGAGGUGGGGGCUGGUCCACAGCUGUUGUAGUAGGCAGGGUCUAUCGGGGUAUAGGAAGCCUGCCUCAUUCGCCCUGGAACAAUGGGAGACAUGGCAGCCUCUGCAGACAGCACACACACACACACACACACACACACACACAAUGCACAUGCCCAAGGACGGGCCUUCUCUUCUAGCCGUGUAGCGUAGAGGAAACCGGCUUCCUCCGUCACACUCGCAGGUUUGACGGCUUGCUUUGAAUGGGGAGGGAAAUAAUCUCCUCCGCAACCGGAAAACAGAAAUGUAAGGUUGUGGCCUUUCUGUCUCUCCUGGUUUUUUUCCCUCUCUCUCCUUCCCUUUUGGUGCCUUUUACAUUUCACUCUGCUGUGAGGAGACCUCGGAUGCGCUGACUGAAUGACUGAAAAGGCAGCAGGAGAAAGCUCCCUGGUGCUGUUGUUGGGAGACAGAGGUGCCUGACAGGAGACGGACUCCUCUUCAAGGAUCAUAAGAGAGCUGAAACCACAGAUGAGAACAAUGUCUGAUGAGACAGAACAGAGAAUGUGUGAGGAGGACUUCGGUACGGACGAGGAGGGCGAGGAGGCAGACGUGGAGUCGUACCUGGAGGACAACAGCAGCGAGCUCGUGGACCGACUGCGAGAGCUGGAGGCAGAAAACUCGGCUCUAAUGUUGGCAAAUGAGAGUCAGAGAGAAGCUUAUGAGAGAUGUUUGGAUGAGGUGGCCAACCACGUGGUCCAGGCUCUGCUGAAUCAGAAGGAUCUGAGAGAGGAGUGCAUCAAGCUGAAGAUGUUGGUGUUUGAUCUGGAGAGACAGAACCGAGCGCUUUGUGAGCUUUUCCAACAGAAACUGCCCAACCACCCCACAGCCCACUACCAGGUCCAGGCGGGACCCCUCCCAGACUACAAUGCACAGCUGCACAAUGACUCUGCCAAACAGGUGGAGCCUGCACAGACUGAAGCACAAGCCAAGGGAAACGGCUACCGCACACAGCACGCCUCUCCGGGCCCUCGCGGCCCCGCGGCCUCCAUGGAGGCGCUGUCCCCCUUUUUCAAGAAGAAAGCACACAUCCUGGAGGUCCUCCGUAAGAUGGAGGAGACGGACCCUCUCAAGUUCCACCCGUCCACCACGAGCCUGUCGUUCUGCGACUACAGCCAGGUGCUCAUGUCCACUGAGGCCGUUUUGGCCGCCGCAGAGCCCCUCCCCCUGCAGACGCACCACACGCACUGUCACUGCUCGCGCACGGACACCGAAGCACACCAACAUGUCAACGGCGACGGCGGGGCGGUGAAGUGCGAGGGCGGGAACACCUGCUGUUUACACUGCAAGAGGAGCCCAGAGAGUCCCCCGAAGACAUGCAACCAAGUCUGUAGUCCUCCUAAAGCAAACUCCGCCCCCCAGAGUCGCCUCGCCCCCGCAGCUGCUACAAGCGAAUGUCACAUUAAGAGCAGAACGGUGGAGGCCGCUCCCUCGUCUAAACAAUGCACAAAGAAUCAAGCCCACCAGCAACCAGCAGGCGGCGCCGCCGCCGCCCAUCCCUCCGUCCCCUCGGAUCAGAUCCCAGAGCGGAUGGAGGAGCAGGAGGAACCUGAGAGUUUUCUAAACGUCUCCGUAGAGCUCACUGGUUUCACUCCUGUGAAGGACAGCGAGCAGAUCUCCCACUGUGACGCAGAAGCGAGCGACGGCGUUCAAAACGGCGUGGCCUCCUCGCUCGACGACCCCUCGGCCAUCCCCGAGAAGGACGUCCCCGAUCAUCAGGAGGCUCCGUCCGUGAGAGCGGGCGCCUCCGUCAGCCCCAGCCCGUCCUGCCUCAGCGACGUCAAAGCCGCCGCCAUCAACUCGCCGUCCAAGCUGCUCAAGUUCCUGAAGAUCCCCUCGAUCGGCGAGAAGUCUCAGGCCGCGACCUCCGCCGCCGCCGUCCACCUGAGCCCCCAGCUCACGCGCAGCUCCCGGAUCCCGUGUCGCACCAACAACUACGAGGUGUACCACUCGCCCGUCCCCACGCGCAGAGCCACGACCACGGAGAGGUGCAGGCAGCCCCCUCCCCCGCCCUGCAGGUCUGAGUCUUACCCCGCCACGCACUCGGCCCCGACCUCCCCGCCGCAGCCCGAAGACGUCUGCGCCCAACCCGUCAAAGACACAAGCUACAGCAGCGUCUCGCCGCCUAAAGCUGGCUCAAAGAUGGCCGCCCCCUCCUCCUCCUCCUCCUCCCCCAAAGUCUCUCAGAGGAUUCCUCAUUAUGAAAACGUCUGUAACAUAUCCAGAGAGGAGGAGCCGGCGCCGAGCCUCGAGAAGAGGACCACGCUUCCCUCCCAAGCGAAGGCGAACGGCGGCGGCGAGAGGAAGCUUGUGAAAUCGCUGCCGGAGAGCGUCCUCAUCCCAAGUCCCCAGAGGAAGCAGUCGUCCUCGACCGCGUCCGAUUCCACGUCGGACGAGGAGGAGGACUCGGACAGCCCGGUGUGGGUGAACCACCACAGCCUGCCCAGCUCGUCCGCCCUCGGGAAGGCUCAGAGCCGAGCCAGCUACUCCCAACCGCGAGAGAGACAGGAGGUCGACAUCGCCGCGCAGAGCUCCGAGGUCGUCCAGCCGCAAGCUCCGCCUCCACCUCCAGUCAGGAGGAGCGACUCUUCUUCCAUCCCCAAGAGGCCGACGUCCGGCGCAGGGAGGUCCCAGGCCGAUUCCAGUCACCACGCGUUUAAAGACAGACUGGCGGCGCUGGGGAAACUGAGGAGCUCCGAGGAUUUGCAGGUCGGUCUCAGGCCGGUGGAGAAUGUGAACGAGGGCUCGUACGCGGAGGAGAGGAGUAAGAUAGCGGAGAGGCCGAUGGAGGAGCAGAGACAUUCAAAGUACGCAGACUCUCUGGACAGCAAACCAAAAGUUGCCAGCGUUGGUUUGAAGUACCCUCAGAUGUACGAGCAGGCGGUGAAGUCUCAGCCGAAACAAGAACUGUGCGUGACAAAGAUAGAAGCGUCCAAGAGUAAAAUCGGUCUGCCGUCGCCGAACGCAGACGCUCCGCAGGUUCUGCGCAACAACAUCAAAUGUCGUUCUCUCAAUCUGGCCUACAACCUCAAAGCGGGUCCUCACAGUAGCAACAGCCCCAACAAAAUCCCCCCGAAGUCGCCGUCCAAGCCGUGCCAGCCGACGUCCGUCCACAGGGCGGGGAAGCCGACGGAGGCUCCGCGGUACUCGUCCAAAUCCGAAGAGCGGACGAAGAUCAGCGGGAAAGGGAAGAAGAAUCCGAUGUACGGAGACAGCCUGCCGCCGCCUCCUCCCAGACCUCCGUCCGAGGCGGAGAAGCCGCCCCCGGCGCCGAGCCCGCAGUCGGCCAUCGAGCAGAAAGUGAUGAAGGGCAUCGAGGAGAACAUGCUGAAGCUGCAGGAGCAGGACCGAGGCGUGCAGAGCGGCGAGGUGAAGCAGAAAGCCUCCAACGGCAUCGCGAGCUGGUUCGGGCUGAAGAAGAGCAAGCUGCGGCUGAGCCGCAAGGCGGACGCCGGCAAGUCGAAGGACGAGAAGAAGGAGUGGAAGAUCAACAUCCCGUCGGUGGGCAGGGACUCGGUGAAGAUGGCCACCCGGUGCAAAGAGGGCGUGGAGGGUCUGAACAUCUCCACGCUGAUGGAGAAGGCGGAGGGGCUGAGGAGGGCCCUGGAGGAGGAGCGGGCAUACGUGGAGAGGUCGGCGAGAGGUCACUCCUGCGAGGUGGUGAUGGACCCGUCUCAGGGGCAGCUGGCCGUCAUGUACAGAGGAGCGCGCUCCGAUAACUUCAUGCAGCAGCUGCUGAACAGAGUGGACGGGAAGGAGAUGAUCAGCGUCCCGCAGCGCCGGCUGUCGUUCGACUGCAAGACCUCCAAACCGAUGUUCAGUCAGCAGAGCGACGUCAUCAGCCGGGACGACAUGGAGAAGGGAUCAGACAGAAUCGGCAAGAUCACGUCAGAUGAAAACCUCGCCGAGUCGGUUCACUCUCAACACUUUGCAGGUAAGAAGAGUCGGCCAGGUUUGGAAAUCUCACGCUGAGUCUUUAAGGUUUGUGAGAGUGACAACCUUGAAGAGUAGAAGUCUGGGAAUAGAUAAAUGAAUGAAUGUAUGAAGGAUUCUUCAAUGUGAGUGAGACGUCAGUCAGAGACACGAAGUGAUGUAGCAUUGAAGAAUAAGUCGAUAAGA